AAAACCGCGUAUAUCCCUCCAAGUCGACCUACUUUCACUUUAAUAUCUCCAUUAUGACAGAUUUUGAGAAAAGCACUGAAAAAUUGUUUUUACCAAACCAGUGGUCCAAAAGAUUCUCACCUGAUGUAAUAGUUAACAAACAUCUAGAAUUUGCCACUAAAGGAAGUGAGACAGCAAGACAGGAAAUACCGUCCCAACUCAAUGUCAAAUAUGGAGAAUUAGAGAAAGAAAAAAUCGAUAUUUUUGGAACCGACUUGAGCAAUGAUGCCCCAAUUUUGGUUUUCGUCCAUGGGGGCUAUUGGCAAAAAGAGUAUCUAAACCGGGCCACUUAUCACUUUUUGGCCCCCAUUUUGCACAAAAAUGGCAUCAAAUCAAUGUUUAUAGGCUACGAGUUGUGCCCUAAAGUCACUUUGAGCCAAAUUAUCAACGAAGUAGUGGUCGCAACUAAGAAAUGUCUCAAUUAUGCAAAAGAAAACGGCUCCAAAGGUUUUUACUUGGCAGGAUAUUCGGCUGGCGCCCAUGUAGUAGCCACUUUGUAUACAAACUUGGCCCUAAAUCUUUCAAAUGAAGACAGGAACAUGAUUAAAUCGGUUUUUCUAAUUGCAGGAAUUUACGAUUUGAGAGAAUUACCCAAAACUUGUGUUAAUGAGCCAUUAAACCUAAGUCAGGAUCAAGCAAAAGAGCUGAGCCCUUUGUUGCAAAAUUUAGUUAGUGGGGUAACAACAAAAUUUUAUGUGAUUUCGGCCAAAAAUGAUAGUCCUGAGUUUCAAAAACAGGCAAAAAUGUUCAACGAGAAGCUUCAAAAUGGCGGUUUGGUGACAAAAUGGAUAAAUGUUGAGAAUGUAGACCAUUUUGAUGUGGUUGAAAGAGUGGUAGAUGAGGGUUUUGAAGUCACAAAUUUGAUUUUGGAAGAAAUAAAAAACUUAAGUAGAUAGUUGGUUGCAUAACUUACACUUUAAGAAAAAAAUUAUCUUUAACUUUAUUAAAAAAUGCAAAGUA